AUGAAUGAUGAUGAUGAUUUGAUAAUAGACAAUUCAACAGUGUUUUUUUCAAUAUGGCGUAAUAAAGUUUUAAAAACACAAAUAAUAGAAUCAAUAAAAAGUAUCAGUCAAUAUAAAAAAUCAUUGUUAGAAACAGAUUUAUCAUUAUCAUAUAUCAGAAAAUAUAAUCACAUAUUCAAUGUUAGAUGGAUGGUUAGCUUUGGGCAUCUUGGUUUAUUAAAAGAGAAAUUACAAAGAAAUGAGGUUUUGUUUUUAGAUUCAGAGGCAUGCUGCUAUAGUAUAGUUUCAAAGGUUCAAGAUAAAGAAACAUUCGAAAUGAUCUUUGAACGAUACAGGGACGAGUUUCGAAAUUAUCAAGAGUCUUUAAUUGCAAUUGCAAUUAAACAAGGCAAUUUAUCCGCUAUACAAGUACUGAUAAAAGAUCCAGAGUUCGAAAACGAUAAUAGUAUUAAAAUGAUUGAUCUAGCAAUCAUGUCUGGUAAAGUUGAAACAUUAGAGUUUGUUCUCGAGUAUUUAAAGAAAAAAGAAACACAAGCCGAUCAACAAGCUUCAAUUGAAGCUAAUUUUACAAGGAAGGAUCUAAUUAGAAACAUAUUUUCAUGCCCAAUCAAGCUAUUACCAUCAAUGGUAGACUGUAUAUUUGAUACAAAUGGUAUUAUGUCAUCUCUAAAUAUUAGUAUUGAAGAGUUAAAAUCAAAUGUUUUCAAAUCCCAAUUUACCGACAUCUUUAGUUUAUUACCAUUCAAAUAUCUGAAAUUCUUUCUAGAGAAUGGAAUAGUCCCAUAUAACGAGACCCAAUUUAUUAGUGCCAUAAAUGGAUUCACACCAUUCACCAACGAAAUCAAUCCAAAUUCUUUUUUAGAGUAUUUAAAAAAAUUCGUAUUUGUAUUCUCAAAUUAUUUUAGGAAUUCAACUCAAGAGUUUUUAGAUUCAUCGAAAGAAGCUUUAGAUCAUAUAGAAGAAUUGGUAACGGUAUUGAAAAGUGGUAAUAUAAAUGAAAUUGAAGAAUUACUUACAAUAGUAGACUAUUGUAAACCCGAGGUAUUUGCCUUGAAGCAACGAGAAAAAAGUGAUCCAUCCCUCUUAGAAAAAAAAAAUUGGAAUAGUGCAAAGAUACUUGGUAGUAGCAGAUUAUUAUCAAAAGCUAAUGAAAUAAAGAGAGAAGAUGGUGGCAAUUCAAAUACUAUGGAGAUAGCUAUCAGUGGAUCAAUCAUUACAAUUGGUGAAGUUAAAGUACUAGGUGAGCAUGAUGGUAUUACAAUAGAAAACAGGGUAUUAAAUAAAAUAAUCAAUCUAUAUAUGUAUAAAUUCUUCUAUCCAUUGUCAGAACUAUUUCAAUUUAGUAAAAGAGAAAUCACUGUCAAUAAGUUUGCAGUCUUCAGAAAAGAUUUAAAUAUUCUUACAGAGGCCGAGACGUCAUUUCCUAGAUUUCAAAAUAUUCAACUCAAAUACAUCGGGUUUAAAGAUAUUUUCGCAUAUUCUUUAGAGGCUGCAGAUUUUGGUAUAUUACACUCCAUCGGUCAACUUUAUAAAACCCACCCAACUCUUAUUUUAGAUCAUACAAGUGUCUUCACUUUACCAUUCGAAUUUCAAAUUUUCAAAUAUUGUCAAGAUUUAGAAAAACAAAAGAAUUUCAUCCUAUUAUUAAUCAAACUCAAAAAAUCAUUUUUAUCCCAAUUCCAGUAUUCAAAUUUAUUUUGUUGGUUAUCUAAUUUACCACAUAAACAAUCAAUUACUCUUAUGAAUUUCCUCAGAGAUUCACUUUUAAUUCAACCAAUAAAUAUAAAUUUAGAGCAUGAAACAAAUCAAAAUUUGUCUGUUGGUUAUAAAGCAGUUUUAAACAAUAGUUUCAAUUUGUGCGAAUAUGUGGUUAUCAACAGAGAUUACUUUGAACUUUUGGAUUGCGCAUUUACCAAAGCAAUUUUUCAUUUACGAUACAAUAUUGUUAAACUAUUUAUAGAUGCUGGUGUCCCAUUUCCUGCUUCUGCCGAUUCAUCUGCUGUAAGAAGUAAAAGUUUAAAAAUGCUUACCCUUAUUAUUGAUGGUGGUUACCCAAUCUCUAAAGAAGCAAUCACCAUAACCGCAACAGAUCAUAUGGUAGAUCAAUUUAGAUUUUUGGUUAAUAAAUACGCAAUUCAAAAAGAUAAAGCUGUCAAUUUACUUUUCGAAUUAUCACAUAGUAGAAAAUUUAUAAAUUUAUUAGCAGAACAAUUUCCAAACGAUUUUCAAAAUGGGGUAUUUGGCGAUCCAAAUGAUAUAAAAGGAGAUAUGCGUGUUCAAUUAAAUACAACACAAUUACUUCGUCAAGAGAAAUUUAACGAUAUCUAUUCCUACAUACAAAGCCUCACUGAACAAAAUAAUAUAAAGGAAAAGGCUUUUCGGUCUGUUGUGUUUGAAAGUUUAGAAAACUAUCAAUUCGACUGUUUCUUUCAUCUAAUUAGUGUAUGUUUUUCAAGAAACUUCAUCGACGACAAACCUCAUUUAAAAAACGAACUAUUGUAUCAUUUAGCAAAGAAUAAUCACUACUACAUCUUAAACUAUUUUUUUAAAGAACUAGAGUUCAAAUUUACAAGUUACGAUUUCACCACGUUAAUAUCAGGUAUCGACUUAGACUGCACUUAUCUUUCAAAAGAAGUUUUACUAUUACUAUUUCAAAGUGUAAAUGACUAUACUUCAAACAUAGGAAUCAUUAGCUCCGAACUUUAUUUCUUAUUAGUUAAAUCAAUCGAGAACAAUCGUUUUAGCUUAUUCAAGUUUUUAAAUGAAAGCUUUUUUAAAUUUAUCAAAGAAAACUUACCUCCAUUAAUUUUAGAAAAGAUGACCACCUCUUCAAACCCUCAGUUUAAUAAAUAUAUAGAUAAUCAAUCACCAACGAACUAUCCAAUAAUUGUUCCCCAAAUGAUUGGAUAUAGCGAAAAUAUAAAAGAUAAACCAAAACCAAAAGAUAAAUAA